AUGGUGGAGGAUGGCUGCGCCGAUAACGCCAUCCCGUUGCCCAACGUCAGCGGCCAAAUCCUUGCCAAGGUCAUCGAGUACCUAAAGAAGCACCUUGACGACAAGGAAAGCAAGAAUGAUAAUGAUGAAGGAGUCUCUCUAGAAAUUCGACGAAAAUUUCGUAAAGAUCGACCAGAACAUAUGCUGUUUGAUCUGAUAGUGGCAGCAAACUAUCGGAACAUCAAGGAGCUGCUGGACUUGACAUGCCAGACUGUGGCAGACAUGAUCAAGGGAAAGACUCCCGAACAGAUUUGCAAGACUUUCAACAUCGAGAAUGACUUCACUCCUGAGGAAGAAGAGGAGGUUCGAAGGGAGAAUGCACGGGAUUUUGAAGCCACAAACAUUUGA